AUGAGCAGUGAGGAGGAGAAGUCAACGAGUUCAGAAUUGCAAGAGGACAAUUCUGAUGAGAACACAGAAGCGAGCGUAGAAGAGGGUGUGUCGAGCGAAGAGAGUUCGGAAGAAAAGCCAAACAAAACACAAACGAAAAAACACAAAAAGGGGCCCCGAGGGUACAUCCGCCCGCAGCUCACGAUGGAGGAAUUUGCUGCGCUCGGGAUCAAAGACGAGGAAGAGAUCAACAGAGUGAAGAAUAGUGUUUUAAAAAGCGACAAUGAUGAAGUCAAAAAGUGUUUCAUUUGUGGGAGUACCGAACACCUUGCCCGUGACUGCCCGAAGGUGACGAAUUCUUCAAGCAGACUUGAGAUUCAGACCGAAAUUUCGAGGAAGACAGGUCUUCCUAUGAAGCCGCACAAGCAUAAGUGA